AUGAAAAAUGAGCAGGUACCGGAGAUGGAUGACCCCGUUCCUCAACUUCUGAGUACAUUGCCGGCUCGUUUCAUCUGUGACCGACUAGUGAAUCACUACCUGCAGACUUUCGAGUUGAUCUAUCGUUGUUUUCACAUUCCUACAUUCUGGGCAGAAUACGAACAAUACUUCAGCCAGCCGCAGCCUGUAGUUACAAACUUUGUAAUCAAGUUGUGUUUGGUGCUGGCCAUUGGAAGCAUCUUCAGCAACGACGACGACAAAGUACUACAGCGCUCGCGGCGUACUUGGAUACAAGCUGCUCAAUACUGGAUGGUUGGACCUCGGCCGUUCACCGUGGCUGUCGGAAAGUGGUCUACUUCGGGUGACUAUGGCUAUGGGCCUGCACCGAGAUCCACAACUGUUUUCCCUGUCUCCUUUUCAAGCCGAGAUACGAAGGAGGCUUUGGAAAACAGUCCUAGAGCUCGUAAUCCAUGGUUCAAUGGACUGUUCCAUCCCUUUCUUUCUUCAAACGACUUUGACGAUCAUAUGCCUCUUAAUGCCAGCGAUGCUGAUUUAGAUUCAGCCAGCAAACAGUCUCCAUCUCCACAACCGUUGACAAGCUAUACGGAAUCGUCGAUACAAAUUCUCAUGCGUCAGUCCCUGCCGAUACGACUUGAAGUUGUCAGGGCGGUCCAAAACGAGCGAUUAGAGCACUCAUACGAAAUGGCCAUUGAGCUAGCUACGAAACUUCAGACAGUUUGCCGUACUCUUGCAAGCUAUUGUCGGUCGCAUUGGUCGUAA